CAAACCCAAUCAAAACCACCCACUCUCACUUCCAACUUUCCAAGUUCCAGAUUCGCUGAAUCUGUUUGGGACCCGAGGAAGGCGAAGGAUUAGAAAAGAAAGGGAGAGUGAAAAUGGAGAGAGUGAAAUAUCUGGCGUUGGUGGGAGCUGGAGUGCUUUUGGGCUCUGUUUCUACCAUCUUUCUUCUAAAGCUUCUUCCAAGAAGGGUGGCAAGACAAUGCACGAAAAAGGCAAUUGAAAUCCAUGAUAAAGGACUUGUAUCUGGGAAUGCUAAAGCCUACACAGUUGCUGGGAAUCAGAAUGGUAGGGUGGCUGGUUUAGACCUUCUAAAAGACGAGAUAGUUUCCGAACAAUUGACCAGGAACAUUCAAUUCUUUGGCCUUAAGUCUCAACAGAAAGUGACUGCAUCUUAUGUUGUGGUCAUUGGUCUUGGAGGGGUUGGCAGUCAUGCUGCAUCUAUGCUUUUGAGAUCAGGCGUUGGUAGGCUUCUCCUCGUGGACUUUGACCAGGUAUCACUUUCAUCGCUUAACCGACACGCUGUUGCAACAAGAGCAGAUGUUGGCAUUCCAAAAGCCCAGUGCCUCAAAGAGCAUUUCCUGUCAAUCUUCCCAGAGUGCCAUGUAGAUGCAAGAGUGCUAUUAUAUGAUGCAUCUUCAGAAGAAGAAAUUCUUUCAGGAAACCCUGAUUAUGUGUUGGACUGCAUCGAUAAUAUCGAUACAAAGGUGGCACUUCUUGCUGCAUGUGUGCGUAGGGGUCUUAAGGUUCUAUCAGCUACAGGAGCUGGUGCGAGAGCUGAUCCCACAAGAAUACGUGUUGCAGAUUUGAAAGAGUCAACAAAUGACCCACUAUCUCGAGCUGUGAGACACCGAUUGAGGAAAGAUUAUGGCAUUGAUGGUGGUAUUCCCGUUGUGUUUUCAUUAGAGAAACCUAAGGCAAAACUUCUUCCAUUUAAGGGACCAAGCGGAGAAGAAGAAAAUCCCUCAGACUAUCAGAUAGUUCCAGGGUUUAGGGUUCGCAUAAUACCCGUUUUAGGUACCAUCCCUGCAAUUUUCGGACAGGUUAUGGCCUCCUAUGUUGUGACACAACUAGCAGGGUUACAAGUUCAAACAGAGCCUAUUGUAAAUUUUGACAUGGAUCAUUACAGGAUGCUUCAUCAACGCCUUAUUGAGCAUGAGGAGUCAUUGUAUGGCACAGCCAUGGAAGUUGAGGUUGAUGUUGAAGAAGUGAUGUACGUUGCAAAAGAGUUGUGGCAUGGACGAAGUGUGAGAGAGCAGUCUGCAAAAGAUGUCGGGCGUGGAAUGUGGCGAUCUGUUAAUGAGUUAAUGCUUGUGAGGUGGGAUCGGGCAAAGCCAGCAUCUGUGUCAAACUUAAUUUUAUUAAAGUUUAAAGAGGCUGAUGAGCAUGAGUCAAGGACACUUGACGAUAUCAAAGAAAGCGAACCGGAGUUUUUUACGAGGGUGACAUCUGUGCUGAAGCGAGCUGAAAUAGACUUUGGUUUGCAAACAUAGGGGAUUUUUCUUUUUUCUUUUUUCUUUUUAGGGUUUUGAUUGAAGAAGUCAAUUUGACCCCAUUUAUCUGCAAUAGUUCAGCACUUUGAUUUUUACUUUUUUAGAGGUUUGGGUGUAUUUUCUACAGGGCUAUUCAAAUAGAAAUGCUUAGAAGGUCGAAGUAUGAGUUUUUUCCUUCUUCA